CACAAAGUGGGAAAUCGGUUCCGGCAGCUUCUGCCGCGACCAAUGGUGGCCUCACUCUCGUACUUCCGGCCCGAGGCGCGCAGUUGCAAGCAAGGAUCCAGAAGCAAUCGCCUUUGCAUAAAGGUCGCAAAGUCGCAUUUCGAGUUCCGUCAAAUCAAAAUGGGAAGGCAUCUGUCACUCCUCCUGGUGCCGACGCGGGAUCGUAUGAAGAAGGGGCUUGGAUCCUUGCCCUAGUCCACGAGGCAGAAAAGAAUAACAAGAUAUCGAAGGCGAAGAUGGACAAGAGCCUCCGUAAGUCAAGUCCAAACGGCUUUCAUGGUUUUCUAACAACCUCAUUCAGAAUGUAUACAACAACGAUACGUUCUCUGAUCCCGCUUCCAGUAGUCAGCGUCCCGUCUUCGGAUCCAUCGCAUAUAAGCAAUUACCCGGAAUACAAGAGUGGAAGCACUGUACUAGCACUCUUUCCUGAUACGACCUCGUUUUACAAGGCU